UGACGGCUGAAGUGGUAAAGACUGGCUGGACAGAUUUCUUUCACGAUUCGCACAGAAUUCAUUUAUCGUUUUUCACAGAAGAAAACUGGGAUUUUGAAAACGGAAGACCAAACUGAUACAAAAUGGUUGAUUUACUGGUUAUAAAGCAAUCUACAAUUGUACAUUUGUGCUUUGCUAUAUCGUACUUUACAUCGGGGUUGAUACUAAGUCUUAUUCAAGCCGUUUUAUAUUUUGGAUUGAAACCAUUUAAUAAAGUAUUGUACAGGAAGAUUAAUUACUAUCUUGCGUAUUCAUUUUACAGUCAAUUAGUGUUCAUGUCAGAAUGGUGGUCAGGCUCAACGCUAUCAAUUUAUAUAAAGAAAGACGAAUACGAUAAAUAUUAUGGAAAAGAACACGGGUAUCUCGUUAUGAAUCAUAGUUAUGAAAUAGAUUGGCUGAUGGGUUGGCACUUCUGUGACGGCAUCCAAGUACUUGGUAACUGCAAGGCAUAUGCGAAAAAGUCUAUACAAUACCUACCUCCCAUAGGAUGGAUGUGGAAAUUUUCUGAAUUCGUUUUCCUAGAAAGGUCGUUCGAAAAAGAUAAGGAAAUUAUUAUGAAACAGAUAUCAGAGAUUGGCGAUUAUCCGGAUCCUGUUUGGCUAUUAUUGACGCCCGAAGGAACAAGGUUCACAAAAACAAAGCACGAAGCGUCAUUGAAAUUCGCAAAGGAGAAAAAUCUACCCUUAUUGAAACAUCAUCUCACCCCUCGUACUAGAGGAUUCACCACCAGCCUGCAGUAUUUUAGAAAAAAGAUACCAGCUAUUUACAACAUACAAUUGGCCUUUGAUAAAGAUAGUAAGAUCCCGCCAACGCUAACAAGUCUGCUGUACGGCAAGCCAGUGCAUGGUCAUAUAUACAUCCAGCGAAUUCCGGUAGAAACUGUACCUGAAGAUGAAGCCGAGGCGGCCAAAUGGCUCCAUGACCUAUUUGUGACUAAGGACAAAAUGCAAGACUCGUUUCUAAACACCGGCGACUUUUUCCUGGAGUCUGGUGUGGAGAGAGUAGAACCGUUCCCAUCCAAGCCGCGCAUUUAUUCACUGAUCAACACAUUAGGCUGGGCAGUGGUCACUCUUACACCAAUGCUUUACUACCUGCUGUGUCUCCUCCUAAGCGGGAAACUGCUAUAUUUUUCCUUGGGGUGUACCAUAUUGGCUGCGUUUUACAUUCUCCUGCAAAAGUCCAUUGGCAUGUCGAAAAUCAGCCAGGGAUCUUCAUAUGGGACUGCAGGUAAUAAGAUUAAAUAAUGUAUCUUGUUACAGUAUUUUAUGUACAAUAGUGUAUAGUUAUAACAUUGUAACUAAAAUAUUCUUUAUAUUAUUAUAUAUAAAAAAAUCAUCAUUGUGUUAGACGUG